AUCAUUUAGUCUCGACUCUGCAUUCGUUCGAGAUCGUCGCGUUUGUUGUGUUACUGCCGCGCUGCCGUUGCUGCAAUUUCCUUUUUGUCUUCAUGUUAGUGACGCGCGGCCUCGACCCAAGAGGAAAAGAAGAACAAAUACUUAAAGCUCCAUUAAUUGCAACAUCUUCAUACUUUCGUUCAGUUUCAUGUAGUGAGUAGUUUGGCAAAUGAAAGUGUAAGUGUAAACGAAAAAGUGUAAUAAAUACAUCAGCGAAAAUUGAAAAUGCAUUCACGAGCCGUGGCCACCGCUUUAUGAUGAGUUGUGGAAGUCCGAGCACGAGGCAGCGAGAAAAGCAAUAAUUUGGUGGGUUUUGAUUUAUAAAAAAAAAAGUGGUGAAAAAGCAAACCUGUACAAAGUGAAGAAAUAAAACUAAUCUACCCACGAGUUGGAUUCCAGUGUGGUUCGAUAGAUUGUAAAUGUGUGUGUGUGUUAGUGGGCGUGUGCUUGAGUAAAGCAAGAAAAACGAAGAUUAAGUUCAAUCAGGAAGAGCGCCAAACAUGUACCGGCCAAAUUUCUACGAGUCAACGUGCCUCCGAUGCAGCGAGAUCGUGUACCAGGUGGACCGUGUUGGACCGCUUAAGGAUUUUACCUUCUUCCACUCGGGUUGCUUCAAGUGCAAGAAAUGCGGGACCAAGCUCACACUGAAGACGUAUUACAACAACCAGCACAACCACGACGAUAAAGAGGUGUACUGCUGUUCACACGUGCCAAAAAGUGGCCCCGGACACUUUGACCAAACAUCGGUCGGGAUUCGUCAAGCGCUUAACGUACCCAAGAGCACAAAUUACGUGAACGAGCAGAUAAGAGGUCAUCGAAACGACAGUAUUGACGGCCAGCAACGACAAACGACCCCGAACGGCUUCAACGGGAUUAUCCGCGAGGGCAGCUCACCACCCCAGAUCGAUCCCGACUACAAAUAUGGUCGCUUCGAUGCCAGUGCCCUGCACAUUGCACAUGCGCUCAAGCAGACGGAGGUGCAAAAGGCGUACGACAAGCUACGCGAAAAGCCGAUCGACUAUUAUUUGGCGCGUGAUGAACAAGCAAAGCUGGAGAUGAAGCACAGGAAGGAAGAGGACGACUUGUACAGAAGAUUUGCGCGAAAGCGCGAGGAGGAAGACAAGAGGAUGCAAAGCGAAUUUCAGGACGAAUGGGAACGUGAACUUCAACGACUGGCGCACAAGUUUGAAAAGGAGAUGACAACUUCCAGGCGCACUCGAGAGGACCAGAGCAUACUAACCUUGAAGCAUGAGCAGCAGAAAGAGGACCUGGAGAAAAAUAUGACGAUACGUAAAACAAAGAAGAAAGAAAGUCUGACGCGGAAACUGUUAGAGCAUGAACGGUCUGAAACUGCGGCCUUGGUGGAUCGUCAAUCUAGCGAAAUGUUGGAACUGAUUAGCGUGCGACGCAGCGAGUACAUGCAAAAUGAGAGCAUAUUUUUGGACGACGAGUUUACCGAGGGCACGGAGACUUUGGAGUACCCGCUAGUAGCACCAAAACCGGCUCCGCCAGCGUUAAGCAAGUUCCAGAUCUACAACGAUCCUAUCGAGUUCCAGGAUGUUGAUCAAAUUGCCAUUACCGUUGCCCAAGAAGACCAAAAAACUUUCACCGAUCUAGUACGAAUGUUGGUGGGUCGAUGUACGUCGGACAUUGAAAAGGCGCGAACAAUCUUCAGAUGGAUCACGGUGAAGAACCUCAACACGAUGACCUUCGAUGACGACCUACGAGGGGACACUCCGAUGGGUUUACUACGAGGGAUCAAAUAUGGCACUGAGAGCUAUCACGUCCUGUUUAAGCGACUUUGCAGUUACGCCGGACUUCACUGUGUCGUGAUCAAGGGUUACUCAAAGAGUGCUGGUUACCAACCGGGCGUUAAAUUCCAGGACUCAAGUCAUCCGAAAAAUUCCAGAUUCAGAAACUCCUGGAACGCCGUGUACGUUGCCGGGGCGUGGCGCUUUGUACAGUGCAACUGGGGUGCUCGUCACUUGGUGAACGCAAAGGAAGCUCCAAAGAGUGGCAAAGGCAAAAACGACAGCUUGCGCUACGAGUACGACGAUCACUACUUCCUGACGGAUCCUCGAGAAUUUAUCUACGAGUUUUUCCCUCUGCAAGAGGAGUGGCAGCUGCUGAAACGACCUAUCACGUUGGGCGAGUUUGAGAAUCUUCCGUUUGUGCGGUCACUUUUCUUCCGGUAUGGACUCCACUUCGCUGACGAAGGAUAUGGUGCUGUUGUCUUUACGGACGAUACCGGUGCGGCAACUGUUCGAAUAGCUAUGCCUUCGGACAUGCAAGGGUGCUUGAUAUUCCACUACAACCUUAAGUUCUACGAUAGCGAGGACGACUCUUACGAUGGAGUUUCACUCAAACGGUUCGUCAUGCAAUCAGUCAUUAGUAACAUUGUUGCGUUCCGUGUUCACGCUCCUUGCUCUGGAGCCUUCCUAUUGGACAUCUUUGCCAACGCGGUCACACCACAAGAAUAUCUGACCGGUGAACCGAUGAAGUUCAAGAGUGUAUGCAAGUUUAAGAUUUGCUGCGAGGAACUACAAACAGUGAUGGUACCGUUACCGGAUUGCGCCAGCGGGGAAUGGGGACCAACUAAAGCAACGAGACUUUUUGGAUUGAUACCAAUCACGCAUCAGGAACCGCUUAUUUUUGCCGGUCGAGGUGUCGAACUGCAGUUUCGGAUGUCGCGGCCUCUAACGGAUUUUAUGGCCACUCUGCACAAAAAUGGCAUCGAGGAAAAGAAAAUGUCCAAAUAUGUACAACAUAACGUUGUUGGUGAUACGAUUACCUUCAAUAUCAGCUUCCCCCAGGAGGGCCAGUAUGGUUUGGAUAUCUACACGCGGGAGGUUGGAUCGAUUACAAACAAUAACAACUCGAGUGAAAAGCACCUGUUAACCCAUUGCUGCAAAUAUCUCAUAAACUCAUCUAAGCGAAACUGA